AUGAACCAAAGGCUCACAGGUGGAGGUCCAAGUUCCAAGCCGAUGACGGACUUCGAAGAAAUGGCUUUGUCUACAUUUGGCUCGGCCGCUGUAGAUGGGAUGCAAAAUGUACAAAGCCUAGGUUUAACGCCAAUUGAGGAAACGGAUGAAUGCGCAAUUUCAUCACGCACGAGUAGUCCUCUACAAUUGUGCAGUCAGGUAGAUGCAAGCCCAAAUACCGAACACCAUACAGCAAGUCCCUCGACACCACCUACGUAUCUUAGCUUGGAAAACCAGGAUGCUUCAACUUCGAUGCUAUCACGAAAGGCACGAAAUAAGCUUAUCAGCACUUUGAUAGCUGAUAUAUUAAAAAGGAAUGCUACUGAGGAAGAGAGGCGACGGGAGCAUCGUGAAAUGAUGCAGGCCAUUCAAGGCCUAACUAGUUCUAUAACAGAACUAAUAAAAUCGUUUACUAAUAACGUAAAAUAA